CUCCAUUAAUGUUUAGAAUAAGAUUUGCAGAAUCCAUGAGUAGCUGUAGAUUUCACCAACCCGCCAACAUCAUUAGCUUGCAUCAUCAUGAAGCUAGCCCCUUUAAUCUUUAUUCCCUCCAUCUCAUCUUUUAAAUGUUGGCCAGCUUCGGCCUCCCUUCGUCGGCACUCCAUGAAAGCAGGCACUUUGCUUGGGAAUUAAGGUUCAGUUACUGAAAAGCGGGUGAUUGUCGGCACGAUAAGGUGGCAGAGGCCGUGGGUCGUGAUCAUGAAGCUGGUGGUGGUGGACGCCAGCGAUCUUAUGCCCAAGGACGGCGAAGGCCCUGCGACUUCGGCAACCAGCGCAGCCGCACGCGGACGGUCCAUAAGGACCUCAACCCCGUGUGGAACCAGAAGCUCUGCUUCAACGAACCUCCACGGUGAGAUCGUCAACAUUUGAGUGUCCAACGAGCGCAAGCCUUUCGCCGGCUGCAAUUUCCUCGGCGUAGUGAGAGUCACGGUGUGAAUAUUGUUCGCCGGGGGCGAGAAGAUCCUCCAGAGGUUCCAGUCGGAGAGGAAGUGGCUUCUCUCUGCGAUCAAGGUGAAACCAGAUGCUGCGGAAGAAGCGGAUUUGAUCGUAGAGACCAGGCAUCACAUAAACAAGCACCAGACCUCAUCGAGAAGCAGAGCCCUUCCCCUGUUCCUCUGGUACCGGCCAUGGCUUACCAACAAGUGCACUACGGGCAGAGCCAGCCGAGCCCGUCCAAGGAGUACAUCCUCAAGGACUCUAGUUCCCUCCUCGGCGAGAGGCGGCCGUACGACAGGAGCGAAGGGUGGAUGGGACUCCGCGGGGGCGGCCGGGACAAGCUCACGAGCACUUACGAUCUCGUCGAACAGAUGCAGUACCUCUACGUGCGAGUUGUCAAGGCCAAAGAUCUUCCUAAUAAUCCCAUCACCGGCAGCUGCGACCCUUACGUCGAGGUGAAGCUGGGAAACUACAAGGGAACCACGAAGCACUUCGACAAGAGGAGCAGCCCGGAAUGGAACCAGGUCUUUUCCUUUUCCAAAGAGCGGAUUCAGUCGACUCAUCUCGAAGUCUAUGUCAAGGACAGGGAGAUGAUGAUGGCACGGGACGAGUGCGUCGGCAGCGUGGUGUUCGACCUCAAUGAGGUGCCGACGAGAGUGCCACCGGACAGCCCGUUGGCUCCUCAGUGGUACCGGCUGGGGGACCGCAGGGGCGACGGCAAAGUGCGAGGUGAGGUGAUGCUGGCGGUGUGGAUGGGGACGCAGGCCGAUGAGGCCUUCCCGAAUGCGUGGCACGCUGAUGCGGCCGCCGUGUCGCACGGCGAGGGAGUCUCAAACAUCCGGUCGAAGGUCUACGUCUCGCCCAAGCUGUGGUACCUCCGCGUCAACGUCAUCGAAGCCCAGGACGUGGUGCCCCGCGACAGGAACCGCUUCCCGGAGCUGUUCGUGAAGGCGCAGGCGGGCAACCAGGUGCUACGAACCAGAGCUUGCCCCGCACGGUCGGUGAAUAACAAUCAGAUGUGGAACGAGGACCUCGUCUUCGUGGCGGCGGAGCCUUUCGAAGAGCACCUGGUGCUCACCGUCGAGGACCGCGUCCAUCAGGGGAAGGAUGAUUUGCUGGCGCGAACCGCUCUGCCAUUGACGCUGUUCGAGAAGAGGCUCGACCACCGACCGGUGAAUUCCCGGUGGUUCAACAUGGAGCGGCUUGGAUUUGGGGCGCCGGAGGAGUCGAGGUUCUCGACCAAGAUUCACCUCCGCGUUUGCCUCGAAGGAGCUUACCAUGUAAUGGACGAGUCCACCAUGUACAUUAGCGACACCCGACCGACGGCGCGGCAGCUAUGGAAGCAACCCAUCGGAAUUCUCGAGGUGGGCAUCCUCGGCGCCGAGGGAUUGGUUCCCAUGAAGGCCAAGGACGACAGAGGCACCACCGACGCCUACUGCAUCGCCAAGUACGGCCAGAAAUGGGUCCGGACAACCACCAUCGUCGACAGCUUCAGCCCCAGAUGGAACGAGCAAUACACUUGGGAGGUGUACGACCCCUGCACCGUCAUCACCCUCGGAGUCUUCGACAACGGUCAUCUCUGGGCCGGACCGCCGGCGAGAGACAUGCGAAUCGGCAAGGUACGGAUCCGGCUGUCGACGCUAGAGAUGGACCGCAUCCAUAGGCACGCGUAUCCCCUCGUGGUUCUCCAGCCGUCAGGAUUGAAGAAGAUGGGCGAGCUGCAUCUGGCGGUGCGCUUCACGUGUUUGUCCGUCUCCAGCGUCAUCUACCUCUACGGGCAGCCGCUGCUCCCCAAGAUGCACUACGUGCACCCGUUCACCGUCGGCCAAGUCGACAGCCUCCGGCACCAGGCGAUGAGCAUCGUGGCGGCGCGGCUCGGGCGGGCGGAACCGCCGCUGAGAAAGGAGACGGUGGAGUACAUGCUGGACGUGGACUCCCACAUGUGGAGCAUGAGGAGGAGCAAGGCCAACUUUUUGCGGAUCAUCUCGCUUCUCUCAGGCGCCGUCGGUGCUUUCCGAUGGCUGGGAGACGUCUGCCGCUGGAAAAGCCCCGUCACCACUCUGCUCGUCCACGUCCUGUUUCUGAUACUGCUCUGCUUCCCGGAGCUGAUCCUGCCGACCGGGUUCCUCUACAUGUUCCUCAUCGGAUUGUGGAACUAUAGACGGAGGCCGAGUCAGCCGCCGGAGAUGGACGCGAAGAUGUCGUUGGCAGAGGCGAUCCACCCCGACGAGCUGGACGAGGAAUUCGACACGUUCCCGACAACGAAGCCGCACGAUCUGGUGCGCUUGAGGUACGACCGCCUGCGGAGCGUGGCGGCGAGGAUACAGACGGUGGUGGGGGACAUGGCGACGCAGGGGGAGAGGUUUCGGUCGCUGCUGAGCUGGAGGGAUCCGAGGGCCACCGGCCUGUUCCUGGUGGUCUGCCUGGCUGCGGCGGUGCUGUUAUACGUGACGCCCUUCCAGGUGGUGGCACUGUUGGUGGGCCUGUACGUGCUGCGCCACCCCAGGUUCCGGAGCAAGCAACCGUCGGUGCCAAGCAAUUUCUUCAAGAGGCUCCCUUCGAGGAUCGACAGCAUGCUCUGAGACACGAGGCAUCUUUUUUAUUCUUCUUCUUCUUCUACUUCUCUCGAAUUAAUAAUGUUUGGUGUGAGAAAAUUAUUCUGUGUUUUCACAAAAACUCAUGCAAAUUGGUGAAUGCAACUAAAUGAUCUGUUUAAAAUAAAUUAUUCUGUGUAACUAGUAUUAAGACGUAAUAAAUCCUUUCUUAUUGAUUAGUGAUUCCGAAAGUUGAGUAGUAUGAAAGUCGGAUAAACAGUUGUUAGUAUUGAUAGAGAAGCGAUUAGGAUAUUUUUCUCAUAUGUAUCCAUAAGAAUGGAUCUUCACGUGGUAUUGACAGGCGAUGAUAACUAAGCCGGUGGUACUUGAGCUCUGCGCACACUCAGGCAAGCACAUGGAACGUUAGAGGUCAGAAACCAGGGAAAAAGUCUCCGGAAUAGACCCUCCGAUGUUCAAAUCAGAUACUUUUUCCCCAGAAGAACGUGUACGAAGGAGAAAGAAAAGUAGAAGACAAAUGUGAAUGUGUGAGAGAGCGUACCCGCGCAAAGGGAGAGGACCUCCUUUUUUAUAUGACCGUGCAUACUUCUUGAGCCUGAGCAAUGUCAGAGAAUGUUGGGUGUCCGGAUUUGCUGGGUGAUAGAGGACACGUGGAACCCUUUUAUGGGGCGGAAGAAGGUUCCAUUCCAGAUGACCACAUACCGUUAGAAUAUUCGCUGGAAUACAGCAGUUAUUCUCUGACAGACGGUUACGAUUCCCUGACUUUGUUGUCGUGUAACACCUUCUAUGCCCGACCAAGUAUGAAUAGGAGAAGCUUGAGAUGAUCAGUAGUUAGCCUACUAGGAGGAUCAGACCUGGAUAUAGUCGAGCUGUGGAAACCCGAUCAGUCGGAGUAGGUCAGGCAUCACCUUGACUGCCCACCAUAUCUCAGACUUGGGUGUCUCAGAUCUAGGGUCCUGGUCUGUGAGAACCCGACCGGAAACUAUGUCGCUGAUGUCGUCAGACGGUCCUACCUCUUCUUUCCCCUAGCUGCUGACUUCCACGUCGCUUUGACCUCUGACUAUCACGUCCCCUUGACUUCUGACUGCCACGUCUCCUUGACUUCUGACUGUCAUGUCCCGAUGACUUCUGAUUGCCCGACUUUAUCGAACUCCACCAUUAUGUACCGUAUCACAAGCGUCCCCCCAAGUCUAGUCGAAGGAGGCUCAGGUCCAACUGACUAGACCCAGUCCCUGAUGUCAUUUACCUCGCCACGAUAACUAUACAUGCUGCUCCUUUUUCUCCCUAGAGCUCUCUUUCUUUAUGCCGAUCUCGAGGGACGGUUUAAUGCAAGCUCUGUUUGCUAAAAACCCGCUUGGGGUUGAGAGUCUAGAAUCCCGAUCGAAAGGUCGUUGGUCGUGAGAGUAAGCUCA